CCGCGAGGCGGCCAAGGUCUACAGCUGGAUCUCAACUACGGCGGCAUCGCACUCAGGUGGCGUGGAGGCUGCAUCAUUCGCAGUCGUUUCCUAGGCAACAUGAAGGAGGCGUUUGACAAGAACCCGGCCCUCACCAACCUUCUUCUGGACGACUUCUUCAAGUCCGCAAUCCUCCGCUGUCAGGAUGGAUGGCGUAGAGUAGUGUCACAGGCAGUGCUACUUGGAAUCCCGACUCCUGCCUUCAGCAGUGCCCUCGCCUUCUUUGACGGCUACAGAUCUGAGAAAGUGCCAGCCAACCUGAUCCAAGCUCAGCGAGACUACUUCGGAGCUCACACCUACGAGCUGCUCUCUAGCCCGGGGAAGUUCGUACACACCAACUGGACCGGCCACGGUGGCAACGUCUCCGCCUCUACCUACUCCGCCUGAUUUCAAAUUCGAAAUUUCGAAUUUGAAUUCCGACAGCUACGGACGCACAUUGCAUACAUAAUAUGUAGUAGUCCCAUGUUUUAAGAUGAGAUGGUUGUGUAGGGUUAGAGUUAAAAACAAUUUGUAAGUAGCCGUGAUUAUGAAUUUUUAAAAUGAGUCAGCAUUUGGUAUUCAGAAAAGUACA